GCGGCGGGGAGCCAGGUUGCAGGACCACUGGCCCGCCAUGCCAGCGGUCAAGAAGGAGCUCCCGGGCCGCGAAGACCUGGCCCUGGCUCUGGCCACCUUCCAUCCGACCCUGGCGGCGCUGCCUCUGCCGCCGCUGCCCGGCUACCUGGCGCCACUGCCCGCCGUGGCCGCCCUGCCCCCGGCCGCCCCGCUACCUGCCGCGACCGCCGGCUACGAGGCGCUGUUGGCUCCGCCGCUCCGCGCCCCGCGCGCCUACCUGAGCGUGCACGAGGCCGCCCCACACCUCCACCUGCCCCGGGACCCUCUGGCCCUCGAGCGCUUCUCGGCCACUGCGGCCGCGGCACCGGACUUCCAGCCGCUGCUGGACAACGGCGAGCCGUGCAUCGAGGUGGAGUGCGGCGCCAACCGCGCGCUGCUCUACGUGCGCAAACUCUGCCAGGGCAGCAAGGGUCCAUCCAUCCGCCACCGCGGCGAGUGGCUCACACCCAACGAGUUCCAGUUCGUCAGCGGCCGAGAAACCGCCAAGGACUGGAAGCGCAGCAUCCGCCACAAAGGGAAAAGUCUGAAGACGCUUAUGUCCAAGGGGAUUCUGCAGGUGCACCCUCCGAUCUGCGACUGUCCCGGCUGUCGAAUAUCCUCCCCGGUGAACCGGGGGCGGCUGGCCGACAAGAGGACAGUUGCCCUGCCCCCUGCUCGGGUCCUGAAGAAAGAACUGACCCCCAGCUUCUCAGCUAGUGAUGGCGACAGCGAUGGGAGUGGACCGGCCUGUGGGCAGCGGCCGGGCCUGAAGCAGGAGGACGACACACACGUCCGUAUCAUGAAGAGAAGGGUCCACACCCACUGGGACGUGAACAUCUCCUUCCGAGAGACGUCCUGCAGCCAGGACAGUGACCUGCCCACCCUCAUAUCCAGCCUGCAUCGCAGCAGCCGCCUCGUUAUGCCCGAGCACCAGAGCCGCUGUGAAUUCCAGAGAAGCGGCGUGGAGCUAGGCCUGGGAGGCGCAGGUGACCUGCUGGGCAAGAGACUGGGCUGCUCCCCCCACGUCGGCACUGACUGCCCUUUGGAGAAGAAGGCUCGAAGCAAGUCCCCCCAAGCAGAGACUCUGCUGCUGCCAGAGCUAGGGCCCAGCAUGGCCCCCGAGGACCACUACCGCCGGCUGGUGUCCGCACUGAGCGAGGCCGGCACCUUUGAGGACCCUCAGCGUCUCUACCACCUGGGGCUCCCCAGCCACGACCUCCUGAGGGUCCGGCAGGAGGUGGCAGCAGCAGCGGUGAGGAGCCCCAGUGGCCUGGAAGUCCACCUGCCCUCAUCCACCGCAGGUCAACGUCGGAAACAGGGCCUGGCUCAGCACCGAGAGGGCACCGCUCCAGCUGGCGCCCCAUCCUUCUCAGAGAGGGAGCUGUCACAGCCGGCCCCCUUGCUGUCGCCCCAGAAUGCCCCGCACAUCGCCCUGGGCCCCCACCUCAGGCCUCCCUUUCUGGGGGUGCCCUCGGCUCUGUGCCAGACCCCAGGUUUCGGAUUCCUGCCCCCUGCCCAGGCGGAGAUGCUGGCUCGGCAGCAGGAGCUCCUGCGGAAGCAGAACCUGGCUCGACUGGAGAUGUCGGCAGAGCUGCUGCGGCAGAAGGAGCUCGAGAGCGCGCACCGGCCGCAGCUCCUGGCGCCUGAGGCUGCGCUGCGCCCGCCGGAUGGUGCCGACGAGCUGCAGCGCCGCGGGGCCAUGCUGGUGCUGAGACACAGCUCCGCGCCCGUGCUGGCCCUGCCCCCGCAGGGGCCCCCGGGCCCGGGCCCUCCCACCCCGCCGCGGGAGCCUGCCCGCCGAGCCCCUCGGAAGGGGAGCUCCAGCCCUGCCUCAGCUCGUCCCAGUGAGCCCAAGGAGACCACCGGGGCUGGGCUCUGGGUACAAGAUGGCUCUGAAGAUGAGCCCCCCAAGGACUCAGACGGAGAGGACUCCGAGAUGGUGGCUGUUGGGGGCCAGGGCCCCACCCCGGGUCAAGCCCCAACUGGAGGGGCCAGCUCAGAGGGGAAGGGACUUCUCUCAGGGUCCAUGCUGCCCCCUCCACUGCCCCUGGGCGUGCCCUACAUCAGCCCCUACUUCCACACAGGCACCAUGGGGGGACUCUUCACGGAUGGGGAGGAGGCCACAGCCCCUGAGGAUGUCAGCAAGUGGACAGUGGACGAUGUCUGCAGCUUUGUGGGGGGCCUGUCUGGCUGUGGAGAAUACGCACCGAUCUUCAGAGAACAGGGGAUAGACGGGGAGACCCUGCCCCUGCUGACUGAGGAGCACCUCCUGACCACCAUGGGGCUGAAGCUAGGGCCUGCUCUCAAGAUUCGGGCACAGGUAGCCAAGCGCCUGGGCCGCGUCUUCUACAUGGCCAGCUUCCCUGUGGCUUUGCCGCUGCAGCCACCAACGCUGCGGGCCCCCGAGCGGGAGCUCACCUCAGGGGAGCAGCCCCCAUCCCCCACAAUGGUCCCCUCGCCCUAUGGUGGGGGUCACCCCACUGCUGGCCGAACCUCACCCAAGCAAGAGAAUGGGACUGUGACUCUGCUCCCAGGGCCAGCAGACCCCUCCCAGCCUCUGUGCUGA